AUGAUGGACUCUCAACACCACAACUGGGCGAUCCACCUCAAGGGCGCCCGCGAAAUCUAUCGAGCAAUGUUCACCCCGGACAGCGAUCCAGCCCAGGAGGCGAAACGCGUCGCCGAAAUGAACCACCCGCUCCGACAGUUCCUCGUCUCGCUCCUUUCCUACCUCGACGUUGCGGGCGCGUGUGCAACAAGUGAGGGAACCGUCGUCGAAGGCAGCUACUGGCAAACACUCGGCGGUGGAUGGGAAUAUAACCUCGGCAUCCCAAGCCUCUCGUCGCCGGAUACGUCACCCGUUCAUGACGUCCUUCUCAACCUCCGACAAUGCUGGUCGGUAAUGAUGGAAAUCCAGGCCGCCAUCAGCUCAUUCGGGAAAGCGAAACAGCAUGGCUGGAUGACCCCGGAGCAACAAGACGCAGUCUACGCUGAUCUGUUACAGCGACUCGUCCAAUGGCGCCUUGAUGCCCCGGAUUGCCUGCAGGAGCUCGGCGAUCUUGACGACGAAAGCUUAGCCCGGUAUCCUCACCCGGAAGGAUUAGAGUACGUCGGGUGCAUCGAGGCCUACGAGAAAGCGACGAAUAUCUACCUCCACAAAGUAGCAGCCGCCGCCCGUCCCGAUAUCCAGCCGCAGAGAGAGUUACUAGCUGCGCUCUGCACAAGAACCCUCACCCUGAUCCGAAAGUUGGCGAAGGACGUUGGACGCCUGGCGAUUCCCUGGCCCCUCUUCAUCGCGGGCCGAGAAUCCCGCGACGAGCACGAACAGAAGUUUGUUCGCGAGAUGAUGCUUGAUAUGCAGCGGUAUGGGUUCAAGAACGUCGAAAAGGGCCUAGAAGAGCUAGAAAAAGCCUGGUUCAAGCAGCGGGCUUUUCCUGAUGGCUGGGUCGAUACCAUGGACGAUGUGCGAUCGGCGAUCCUCCUUCCUUGA